AUGGCGACCACCGUGGGGAGACUGCUCGGGACAAGUGUGAAGUUCGCUGCUGGAGGACUCCGAAGAGCAGCCUUCUGUCCACACGCUGCUAAAGUCCUCUCUGCACCUGCUCUUCAGAAAGCCUCCUUCUCCACCAGUUUGUCCAGGUUUGGGGCAGCGGUCACUCAUCCCGCCCCUGCGUUCAAAGCCACAGCAGUCCACAACGGGGAGUUCAGGGAGAUGAGUCUGGAGGAUUUUAAGGGGAAAUAUCUGGUCCUUUUCUUUUAUCCACUAGACUUUACGUUCGUGUGUCCCACAGAGAUCAUCUCCUUCAGCGACAAAGCCAGCGAGUUCCAUGACGUGAACUGUGAGGUGGUGGGCGUGUCCGUGGACUCGCACUUCACUCACCUGGCCUGGGUCAACACGCCGCGCAAGGCUGGAGGUCUGGGACAUAUCAACAUUCCCCUGCUCGCCGACCUGAACAAACAGAUCUGCAGCGAUUACGGGGUUCUGCUGGAAGGACCUGGCAUCGCACUCCGAGGUCUGUUCAUCAUCGACCCUCACGGUGUCGUCAAACACAUGAGUGUGAACGAUCUUCCCGUCGGCCGCUGUCCGAACGAGACGCUGCGUUUGGUCAAAGCUUUUCAGUUUGUGGAGACGCACGGAGAAGUGUGCCCCGCCUCCUGGACCCCCGACUCUCCCACCAUUAAACCAACACCAGAAGGAUCCAAGGAGUACUUUGAGAAAGUCCACGAUGAUUAA